ACUAACAGAGGCUGAAGUCUGAGGAAAAACUGAUCCACUGCUACCAGCCAUGGGGCUGGAUUACUAUGCUGUGCUCCAGGUCACUCGAAACUCAGAGGAUGCCCAGAUCAAGAAGGCGUACCGGAAACUUGCCCUGAAGAACCACCCGUUGAAGUCAAACGAGCCGUCUGCACCAGAGACAUUCAAGCAGAUAGCAGAAGCCUAUGAUGUCCUGAGCGACCCUGUGAAGAGAGGCAUCUAUGACAAGUUUGGUGAGGAAGGCCUGAAGGGCGGGAUCCCUCUGGAAUUUGGAUCCCAGACUCCAUGGACAACGGGCUAUGUCUUCCAUGGCAACCCUGAAAAAGUGUUCAACGAGUUCUUUGGGGGAGACAACCCCUUCAGUGAAUUUUUUGAUGCAGAAGGAAAUGAUAUAGAUUUGAAUUUUGGGGGGCUUCGGGGCCGAGGAGUCCAGAAACAAGACCCUCCAAUCGAACGAGACCUCUAUUUGUCCCUGGAGGACUUAUUCUUUGGCUGUACCAAAAAAAUUAAGAUCUCGCGAAGGGUGCUAAACGAUGACAAGUAUUCCUCCACCAUCAAAGACAAGAUCCUGACAAUCGACGUGAGGCCUGGGUGGAGGCAGGGCACACGCAUCACCUUUGAAAAAGAAGGGGACCAGGGCCCCAACAUUAUCCCGGCUGAUAUCAUCUUCAUCGUAAAGGAGAAGCUGCACCCUCGCUUCCGCAGGGAGCUCGACAACCUCUUCUUCGUGUACCCCAUCCCUUUGGGCAAGGCUCUCACCUGCUGCACCGUGGAGGUGAAGACCCUAGAUGACCGUCUGCUCAACAUCCCCAUCAACGACAUCGUCCACCCUAAGUACUUCAAGGUGGUGCCGGGUGAGGGUAUGCCACUGCCUGAGGACCCUACCAAGAAGGGGGAUCUCUACAUUUUCUUUGACAUCCAAUUCCCCACCCGCCUCACACCCCAGAAGAAGCAGAUGCUACGCCAGGCGUUGUUGACCUAAUUCUGGGGCACCUGGACAGGAGCAGGGAUGGAGAGGACUAGCUGGGCCUCACCCACUCCCACUCGCUCCACCCCCACAGCCCGUGAAGAUGGGGAAGCAUGAGACCUUAGGCCGAUACAAUAAAGAUUCCUUUCCUAUCCUCUAUGGCCUGGAGUGUGCUGGAGAGAAGCUUCCUGCUCCAUCUUCCUGUAGGCCCUCAAAAAGUUAGGCACCUCGGGCCCCAUUUUGGCUUCUUAGGCAUGGACCGGCCCUGUCUAAGGUCCCUCUGCUCUUGACAUUUCGCAACAUGAGUCUGUAGAGGGAACCCUCCCUCUAUGGACUGUCCUGUCUUGAGAAACAGAGAGACAGGAAAAGCCAAGUACAGAAAGCCAACACUGCACUCUGGUAUCCAUGACUAAGCUGUCACUAGGACCUUAGGCCACUCUGUACAGACUCACAAGCUCAGUUAGAGUCACACCAAGAACGCAGUGCCUGAAGAGCUCUGCUCUACUUUGGGCUCUGGUUCCGUGUCUGUGAGACGGGUCUCAGGCUACCUCUGGGCCAGUGGUCUGGGAGGCAUGCCCUUGGGCUCUGUCCAGGUCUGCCCCUGACUCUUGCAUUGGUUACUAACUCAUCUUGUUAGUAGAGCUUACACCCUGCCUACAGGUGUGAGGACUGGGGUCACUGGUGUGAAAGCUCUUGGUAGGCUCAUGGUUAGAUUACAGAGAGGGUCACAACAUCAUUGCCCAGGUGGCCUGGAGGAGGUCCGACUUCUGGUGCAGCCAGGGCUGGGUACCCCACACAGGUACUUUAAAGUCGUCAAAACUGUGUUCCUCUUCCUGUCUGGGGUUUGAGUUUAGGCUGUGAUAAGGUCUAGGCUCAUGGGCAGCAACCAGGUUCAAUGGCUUCCGAAAUGUGAGGAAAAAAAAACCCAGAUUAUCUACAUUGCUUAGAAUUCUGCCAUUCACUGUGCUAUGUUAGCUUAAGGAUUUUUCCUUUUGACUUUUCAAAAAAAAUUUUUUUUUGUUUGUUUUUCAAGAUAGGGUUUCUUUGUGUAACCCUGGCUGUCCUGGAACUUGCUUUAUAGACCUGGCCUUGAACUCACAGAUCCACCUGCCUCUGCCUUCUGAGUAUUGGGAUUAAAAGCAUGAACUACUACA